AUGGAGAGAUGUUCAGAUGAGAUGACAGCGACAGAUUCUCUCAACGAGUCUCUUCUGACCCCUGACACCGACUUCAUCAUGGAUGAUCACAGUGGGAUGGAGGUCAGCGAUCGUCUGGCACAUUUAGAGCAGCGCGUUCAGAUGCAGGACGAUGAGAUUCAGUUGUUAAAGAUGACCAUGGCUGACGUGCUGAAGAGACUCAACAUCUCAGAGGAACAAACCACAGCUCUCAGCAAGAGAACGUCUGCUAAAGCAGCACGGCCGGCGUCUUUGGUCUUGCCGUCCAGAGCGGCGAUCAGCACUAAUGCUUCGUCUCUGAGGAAGAGCUUAACGAUGCCCUCCUCAUCCAAAACCUACAACUCCUCACCAGCUAUUAGGAGAACUCCUGGUGUAAAUGUAAAGGACAGCACAAGCGCUUCAACAAGCAGUAAACCUCAAAUAACUUCCAGCACAACUACCUGCAAAAAACUACUGGAGAUCAAACCAAAGGAAAUCACUUCAGGUGUAUUAGUUGUCUUAAUGCUUAAUUCUUGUUCCUCACCUGUUUUUCAUCUUCUAUACCUUCAUCCUGCCCCCCUUCACUUAGUGACCAUGCAGAUUUAUCUGAGCCCCACGUUAAGAAAGACUGGGCGUACUGACACAGCGGCGGGUGAAGUGAUCCUACAGUCCAGCUCGUGUCCUCCUGCCAGUGGACCAGAAAGAGCUUCAGAAAAGAAUACAGAAGUAGAAGAGAAAACUCUUACAUUUACGUCCCUGCUCAGGAAAAACCCCAGCGUGUCACCGCUGUACACCCCCAACUACAAGAGCCCCAUCAAAUCACCCAGUCAUUAUUUUCAGAUCUGUUAUUAA